UGGGACUGGCUUACAUAGACGCCAGCAAGCCAGAUAUGAUAGCAGCAAGUAGGGGAAGCGCAUUUGGUGAUAUCACCAACUCGGUAGUACCGCGCGCAACUGCCGCCACUAUUGGGACAACGCCACUCACCAGCACAUUUUCUCCAGAGCCACGAUUCCAUGCUAGCUCAGCUUCCCACUUACCUCAGCCCAUAUCAGCCACCUCCGAUAUAAGUACUGCUGCCCAUCAAGAUACGAGUGCAUCUGUCAAGUUUUUCCACGUUUUCUUGGAGCUCCAGGCUUUCGUUGCUUCUCCUUGUUCUCCUGGAGAGACUGCAGAAUUAUAUUUCUCGCUCUACCAUAAACCAGAUGCCCGCUUCCUCACCGAAGAAUUUUGCGUUAUUUUGAAUCACCACGGUGCCUUGGCUCGGCCACAACUGACGGGUGCAUCCCAAGACGGGUCCACUGCAAAAGGCCUGGGUAAAAUCAGGACAUUGUUUGUGGAUUUAGGUGCCCAUGAUGUUCAGGAGAGCAUCUACCUUGUUUGCCGUAUUGUACGGAAUGGAAGCAUGAAGAUGAGCGGUGUAUCUAGCUCUAGCGGUCUUACUGGUUCUAAUUCGGUGCGCCGUGGCUCUGAAGCAGUACUCGGGACCCUAUCAGAGCACGAAGGUCCCAACGGCCAAGGCGUAACAUUCUCAGGAAUAGUCGAGCACGCCAACCAGACGUACCGAAGGCCAUUCGGAUGCGCCGUGUUGGAGUUGACCCAACUAGCUAAAUGGUCUGUCGAUAGAACAGAGGCGACAACUGCUAAAGAGCACACAUUACCGAUCUUUGUUCCAAGCCGAGAGGCUACAUUCAGCACGCUGCAUCAAGCUAUCAUCGCCAGUGAUACCGCAGAAUUCGAGAAAAGCCCAAGAGCCGAAAUGUUGGCAGUGAAUAUCAAACUGUUCCAUGGCGAUGCGCCCACAAUCAUCCGCGAGAAUCCAUCCCUCCUGCAGGAUACACCAAUCACAUCCCGCCUUGGAUUCCCCGAUGUUGUCUUCCCAGGGGAUGUUAGGAAUGAGGUUUAUAUCAAGCUAUGGAGUGGGGAGUUCUUCUCCUCUGCCAACACUGGCAAUACGACACCGAGGGGGUUGAUCGGUCGUGUUCCUUCAUUCGCUGGUGCACUCUCCGCUUCAAGAAAUGUCCAAGUCUCGGUAGAAGUUCGACACAGAAACGGGCAGGUAUUAGAAAACGUGAUCAGCUCUGGUAGUGGAGAACCGCCCAUGACAGUCUUCCAUUCCAUGGUCUUCUAUAGGAAUAACAAUCCUACUUUUGGAGAAUUGAUCAAAUUGUUGGUUCCGAUCGAACUCAUGCAAAGCUCUCACCUUUUUAUCACUUUCCGGCAUCGAGAUUCAAAGAAUGCAAGAAGUGGCGCUGGAGCACAAGGAACACAGACUCUUCCACGAUCCUCGGCUGACCCUAUCGAACGGCCGUUCGCAUACGCGUAUCUUCCCUUAUUCCCCGAAAAUCGUGCAUUCCUCCAAGAUGGACCACAUACGCUCAUACUCUAUAAAGUAGAUAAGAUGCAAAGUAUCACCCCAGACAUGUACUUUGGUGCACCAGCUAUCCUUGGACCCAAUAUGCGACCGGAGUCCAUACUAGUCCCCUCUCAUCUCGCCAAAAGUGCCAUCCCCAGCACUGAUACCCUUACAAUUCGAUCUUUCUUGUGCUCGACGAAGGUGACUCAAAAUCCCGAGUUACUAGGUCUGCUCAAUUGGGAACAGCUCUCAGAUAAAAAUGAGCUUUGUACCAUUCUAAGCAAAUUCACCUUUGUUGGCGAAGUGGAGAUCGUCAAAUUCUUACGCGACAUAUUUGAUUCGUUGUUCGCGGUUCUCAUCUCCAAGGUGAAUGAUCAAGGCGAUAUGGAUGACCUAAUAUUUGGGGCUCUAGUUACUGUACUAGGGAUCGUACAAGACCGCCGGUUUACCAAUUUCCAACCCGUAUUGGAUGUCUACAUAGACAAACAUUUCACCUGUGCGCCAGCUGCAUCAAAGAUAGUCAAAUCUAUGAACCGCCUGCUCGGCGACCCAACUGCCACCGAGUCCGCAAGUCGUUUACGCAAUGCCCUUAAAGUCUGGCAUUAUGUGUUCCGUUUUGUCAUUCGUGCGAGAGAGCUACAGAGAAUCAAGGAAGCCAAUGUCGGCAGUGGUGCAACCAGCGAGCAUUUUGAGCAAAUGUUCAAGAAAGAGCUCAUGGCACAUCUAGGUGAAGUUAACAAACUCAUGUCUACUACGCGGCCAGAAUCUAUUAUCGGAACCCAAACUCUGGCGAUCCAACGAUUUGCCUCAAUUCUUCCUGAUCUUGCCAAGGUCUUCUCGACUCUCGAACUAGUCACAGUCGUAACCCAUUUCUCAAACGCUGUACCCAACCCCAAGGGCAAAUUAAUCAUCUGGAAGCUCAUCAUGUAUCUCCAAAUUGUCAAAGGCUUCCUAUUUGAGAGUGCGCAAUCCCGUGCUUUACUCGUCGAGUCCAUUGUAAGCUGGAUCAAGCCUUACUUUGGAAUGUAUGACGAACACUCUCACGUUUCGCCAAACGACCUAGAGGCCUCCAAGGAUAGUUCAAGGAUUGCAUGGCUAGAAAGCACUAGACUCUGCAUCACAAUUGUAGCCGUCAUGCUGGCUCAGCUGCAGCAGAGCCUUAUAAGCCCAGCUACGCUGGCGGAUCGUAAACUGCAACGACAGGAGAAUGAUAACGUUGAAUACGUUCUUUCACUCAUGCCAAGGCUCCUCGAUGCUUACAAGGAAUUCCAGAGCCCUGUCAAUGCAAGAGCUCUAGAGCGAACGAGAUCCCCUGCAACAUUAGUAACCCCAGUACCCACAGUUUUCCCAUCAUCAUACCCAUUUUCCUUAAUUUCAAGUCUACCACCCUCCAAAUCUAAUGCUGGUGGUACCCAGCUUUCACAGGCCCAGGUCUUUAACUGUGGUCUAGGCGAAGCGGCCAUCGUUUUCCUCGUGCUCAUCUUGUCAGCGCCUCGUAAACAUCUCAUUGGGUUCCUAGAGGGCAUCUUGGAGAUUGAAGGUCAAGAUAAUUUCGCAAAUCUACUCUCUAAAAUCUUCAAGGUUGGAAUAUCGAUAUUAAGCAAUGACGCUUUCCCGAAAUCAUGGCUUAAUGUCAAUAUUCUCGCUCAUAGAGUUUUACUCAAGAUCAUCGACCCUGUUUCAAUGCUUUUGGUUAACAAUUUCAUCCCGGACCAAAAGGAAGCAUACCACUUCAACUCAAACCUAUGGCGAGAUGGCUUUGCUUUGCUAUUGAAACUACUCUCAAGCGACCAGCUAGUGAUCGAAGAAUUUAGUCCUCAGAAACGAAGAGCGGUUUGGCGUUUAGCCGGGGAUAUCAGAGGAGAAGGUGCUGGUAUACUUCUUCGUCUGUGGGAGGCACUAGGAUGGCCCGAGUCUGUCUCUCACAAUGCCGGCGCUGUAACUCGAUAUGGGGGUUAUCAAGUCGCAUUGAAUUCCCUUGUCGGCAAUGUCAUAGACUUGUGCCUGAGCCACCACGACCAGCUACGAAAUAAUGCUGUCAAUAUCCUUUACAGUAUGAUCGUCUCAGAAUAUCAUCUCUCGGAGCACUUCAACGACAUUGAAACCGAGCUUGUCAACAAGCUGGAUACCCUGUUCAUGUCCGAAUCCAAGAGCGACGACAUUUCUCGAGCCUUCUUUAUUUCUCAGCUUCGUCUCUUAUUCGAAUCGUCUAAUGUAGAUGACCAAUUACGACAACGCGUCUCCGACUUCUUGGAUUCUGUGGACCUAUUUUUGGAGUUACUGAUGAACGUACGAGAGCUGCCAGAGGGAGACGAAUACCAGGAUGACCGACUGGUCAACGUGAGUACAUACCUAUUCUGGCGGUUACCACACUUAUACUCGACCCAGAUGCAUUUACAAAGCCAAAACUAUGUUGAAGCUGCCUUAACGCUUAAGCUUCAUGCGGACUUGUAUGAAUGGGACCUCAAUUCGUUCGUACCGCCGAUGACCGACCUCGACUUGCCUCAACAAUCUCACUUUGUUCGGAAAGAAACUCUUUGUUUGCUCAUAUUAGACUACCUUGGAAAAGGAAAGGCAUGGGAAAGUGCCAUAGAAGUUUGCAAGGAGUUGGCUUUUCAACAUAUGGAG